CCACAUUUUGCCUGUUAGUGGUAAAUCCCUUCUGGACAUGUCUAAUUUUUUAAGUAAAGGCAAUGAUAAAGACAUGAUAAACAACAAAUAAUGGAGCAUGCACCCAAGACUGAGUUUUUCCAAACUCGAUGACCAUUUCUUGCAGUGCUUAAACUAUGAAACAUUCAAAUUGAAGCAGCCAACUACUUCAAUUUUAAAUUCUUCAUGAUAUUUAUCACAGCUUUGAUUUAUAAAAAAGAACACACCACCUUAACAUGAAAAAGAUAACCUAUACUUUGAAUUCUUAAACCAUGAAAUCCUUUUUAUAAACAGCAUUUUCUAAACAUCAGUAAAAAAUUUCGAUUUUCCAUACAUUCCAUCAGAAAAUUCAAAAAUAAAAGUAAAAAAAAAAAAUCAGUAUAGAACUAUAGAAGUAGCUAUCAUGGCCAUCAAAAGAACCAUUCUGAUAGUCUGUACCAUUGCUUCGUUGUCUCUUGUGUCUUCGGCACAAACUUGUAAAAACUACAAGUUUUCCAACCAGAGGGAUUUUCAGUCAUGCGCUGACCUUCCAGUUCUAGAAGCCUAUCUCCAUUGGAACUACAAUUCCACGGCAGAAACAAUUCACAUCGCAUACAGAGCAAGCCAGACACCUAGAGGAUGGAUUGCAUGGGGGAUUAACCCAACUGGAAGCGGUAUGGUUGGAACACAAGCACUAGUUGCCUUCCAGGAUCUCAAAGGCAAUAUGAAAGCCUAUACUAGUCAAAUCAAAAGCUACAACCCUAGCAUGAAACCUGAACCUCUUAGUUUCCCGGUCUCAGAGCUUUCAGCAGAGUACUCGAACGAUGAGAUGAUCAUCUCUGCUCUUCUUGGACCGCUAAGCAACGGAACAACUUUUAACAUCGCCUGGCAAGCUGGGAAUGCAGUGUCAAAUGAUAUUCCCCAGUCUCAUCCACAUUUCGGACCAUAUGUUAGGUCAUCUGGAACACUGAAUUUCCUGUCAGUAUAGAUCAAGCCUCGAGGUAGUAGCCC